AUUUGACACGGCGUUGAGUAAAUGGUCUUCCAUGAAGCGCUUGGACAACGUGGAAGCUUCGAGAUCAGGCUCAGAAAUCAGCCUUGCGGAAUCUUUCAAGCACAGAGUGAAUCAGUAUUUGCAACGAGGGCUGAAAGGUGUCGACACUGUGAGGAAACUCAAGAGCCAAAUCUGGACAUCAGUCGUCACUGUUGUCAUAGUUGAGGCGAAUGACUUGACUCCACGGGAUCAAGAUGGAAUUUUGGACCCAUAUUGCAGAUUUCGGAUGGGAAAUGAAAAGUACAGGACGAAAUCUAUGCCGAAAACAACGGCCCCCAAGUGGCUGGAGCAGUUUGAUCUCCAUUUGUAUGAUGAUCAAUCCCAGCUACUUGAAGUCACUGUCUGGGACAACGACCCCAGAAAAGACGAAAUCCUCGGCAGAUGCACAAUCAAUUUGUCCGAACUGGACAGAGAAACAACGCACAGGAUCAAGAAGAACUUGGAAGAGGGCUCAGGAAGUGUUCUCCUGCUUUUGACAAUCACCGGAACUACGAAUUCUGAAACAAUUUCCGACCUUGCCGCUUAUCAACAGCAGCAGGUUGAAAACGAAAGAGAAGAGGAGUACAGAUCUCGACGAUAUAGCAUUCUCCGGACUUGGCACAAUGUCAAAGACGUGGGUCAUUUGACAGUCAAGGUGUUCAAGGCCCAGGGACUAGCAGCAGCUGACCUCGGAGGGAAAAGUGACCCUUUCUGCGUGCUGGAACUAGUGAAUGCCAGACUGCAGACCCAAACUGAGUACAAAACCCUGAGCCCCAACUGGCACAAGAUUUUCACAUUUAACGUGAAAGACAUUCAUUCCGUCUUAGAAGUGACAGUUUAUGAUGAAGAUCGGGACAACAAAGUCGACUUCCUGGGAAAAGUGUCCAUUCCUUUGCUUCGGAUCCAAAACGGAGAAAAGAAAUGCGUUUUCAACUUCACUAUCCCGUUUUUGUCUUGGUUGGCCAUAUUCUUGCUGUGUCUGGUUGCUCUGGUUCUGUACGUGGUUCCUCUGCGGGCAAUGAUAUUCAUCUGGGGGGUUCUCAAGUUCACCAAGAAGCUUGUGAGACCUCAUGCUCUCAACAACAAUGAGAUCUUAGAUUUCAUUUGGCGGCUUCCUGAUGGGGAACAACUGGUGGAAUACAGAGAACUGAAGCUGAUUCCCAGAGUGGAUUCCGACAAAAGGAAGGACAACAAGAAAAGUCACAGGAAACCUAACACAUGAUCAAUUUGAUCUCUUUUUCAUGUUCUUAAAGGGGAAAAUCAGUUUCCUUCAAAAUGUGUGACAAAAGUUUCGUUUCUGUUUCAAACAUUAUAUAGUCAUGCGGGAAAGGAGUGGCAUCUCCUUUCUGAUUCUUCAAAGAAUCACCUAUCAAUAACUUUGCAGAAAUCCUUAAUUUGCAGACAUGCAAAUCAGCCAAACUUCCAAAUUUCUAUCAGUCAAGAUUUAGUUUUUCCAUGUUCAGUGGAUUAUUUGUGUUUUUAGCUGGGUUGCGGUCAGUUUAAAAACAGGGCAGUUUUUGUUUUCACAUGACUCAGAGGAUUUUUUCUUGACUUUUUGUGGGUUGACGUUGUUUUGCUGGCCAACAACCGAAAAUUGCUUUAAAAUUGAGUCUUUCUCCAAACAGAUUAUUUUUGCAAACAUUGCGAAUAACUUCGGAAGAAGUUGUUUUCUCAUCUAUAUUAGCUGCUUAUCGAAAAAUGUUUUUGAAGAUCGUUUCAAAAUGAGCUAAGAAAAUUUUAAGGUGCCAAUUCAAGCACAAAAAUAUUUGAAAUGUUUUUAUCG